CCGUGACACCGUUGCAAAUGGGCAGUGGGUCCAGCAAGCCAAUGGAUAAACCGGCGGCGAAUUGGACGCCGAUCAACCUAAGCGAGUACGUCAAUCAGUCGGCAGUAUCGAACGAUGCCAAAGCCGCGAUUGGAGCGUGGGUAACAGACAAUGCCAUCACGGGGCCCCAACUUUUGGACAUGGACACAGGUAUGGUGCUUGCGCAACUGCGGCUCCCGGACGGGGAUGCGCCGCAUGUUGCAACGUUUCUAUCGGAACUGCGGACUCUGGCCGCCACCGAGUCUGCCACCGCUGCGAUCCACACGACGCUCAAAGGCUUGCCAGCGGCGUUGGAAAAGGCAGUAUACGUGUACGAGAAGUACCCGCUCAUCAUCGACGAGACCGGCCAAGCUGCGCAGUUCUUCAAGUACCAGCGCGGCUGCUUUUUAAUGGCGGGCAACCCAGCGGACGUUACCGAGUCCGUCUUAAGGCGGUCUCUUGUUGCGGCGUUGCGUCUUGGGACGACCAUGACGUUGUGCCUGGACAAGCUAGCCGGCCUCGAGCUCGACCAAUUCUUUUCCGACGGGUGGUUUCCAUCGCAAGUUCUGAAUCGCCACGAGUUUUCCAAGCCAGAGGUAUGGGCGCCACUGCUUCGCCCAGGCGAAGGCGACCCCGACGCAUCGUUGUUCUUGCCAUCGGACGCAUUCAAGUUUGUCGUUCUUUGCGGAAACAUUCCGCCACCCCCGCGAACCCUGGAGCGGAUGUGUUUGAUCCGCGUGCAAUCGCAAGAUACCAUGAAGGACAGCCAAGACGAUACCGCAGGAGGGGGCGUUGCUGCCGCGCUAGGCCUUCGAGAAGUUAUCCGCAACAGCGGGGAAGUUGUCGAAGCAGGGUUUGAUGGAGACGUAGCCGCGAUGACUGCGCUGUUGACGAAAGGGUUUCACGUCGAGAGCGAAGAUGGCCACCGCCACACUGCUCUCUCUGAAGCGGCGUGUCAAGGGCAUGUGGAAAUGCUACAGUGCUUACUCUCCUUGGGAGCCAACCCCAACGUAGUCAACGACACUGGUCGAUCGCCAUUGUUCCGUGCGAGUUACAACGGACAUUUGGACGCAGUGACGUUAUUAUUGCACGCAGGGGCUGACCCUCGCAUCAGCACGACACAAGGGGAAACUCCAUUCGACGUGGCCAAAGGCAAAGACAUUGCAGAGAUGUUGACGGCGUGGCCCGUGGCUACGACCGACAGACUUUUGAAGGAACGACGAGAGCUCAUGGAGAAAAAGUUGCAGGAACGCUUAACUAGCCAUGUCGAACGAGAACACGUCGCCAAGCUCCGCAUUCGCGAUGACUUGGUGGCGCUUGCGAGCUCGACAGCGAGCACUGCCGCGGGUGAGCUUAAGGCCAUGCUGCUCGGUCUGGCGGCUGAUGCUGUGGUGAAUGCAGACAAGCCUCGAGGGUCAGCCAACUCGCGCGACGAGCGAGGUUGCACGUUGCUGGCGUUAGCGGCGCAGCACGACAAUGCGGACGUGGCGACCUUGUUAUUAACACACUGGAAGCAAUUUCAAGAUGACAGUCACCCCGUUGUACGAAAGGCCCCCCAUGCCAAGGACACGUACAUCGACGUGUUUCGGGCCCAAGUGAACGCGCGAGACAUGAAGGGAUGGACCCCCGUGGCCAUUGCCGUGUUCCAUCAAGCGAAAAGGACGACGCGGUUGCUGCUUCAGCACGGCGCCAACCCCCGAUUGAAGAACCAGUACAACAAGAGCGCAAUGGACUUUGCUCAGGACGAACUCGAUGCAGCGAUGAACGUCGUGACGAGCAGGGCAGAGAUUCGGUCAGUGCUCGAUGAAUGGGAGUCGGAGCAACUUGCUAGCACACUGGAAAACAACCGCAACAAAUUCUCCGUGGGGGCUGCAGAACCCUUGCCUUCCGACGGCGGGGCCACGCUGUUGGCCAUCGAAGUGGCUGAGGAAGCGCAGCAAAAAGCCUCGUCAAAGAAAAAAGUACCUGGCAAAAAGACCAAGUCGAAAAAGACCAAGUAGCAGUAAAAUAAUAUUAUACAUUCAGGACAUGGCGGUGGGAUUUGUAUUGUUGGGACGACGGAGUCAAGUCGUCGAGGAGUUUCAGCUUGAGCGGCGCGCCAGUGUCGCGAUGUUUCAUGCGCAAGAGACUGUGGGGGGUGGAGCUACCCCCGAUGGGGCGAAAGCCCUGGGCUAGUUUGGCGCAUUCGCAUUCGGCCACUUCACUAGCGCUGUUGAUGGUCGUGGAUAUGUUUGUCAUCGAGUCCUCCGUGGCAGUUAUACUGGCCUGGCACCGAGGGCGCUCGACUUCCAUGUGCACCGCAUCGAAACAAUACAGUGCCGACGAAUUUUCAAACGGCUGACAGUGCUUGGCGUGAUGCAAGAGCCCCACGUCCAUGAGCGCAUUCCCGACACGAAUGGCUUGAGGGAUGUUGUGCACGAGUUCCAAAUCAAACAUGCAGUCCACCAAGUGUUCCCCCUGAAAUACUUGGUGCGCGCUGCUGUCCUUCGUUGUCUUGGGGCCAGACGACGUGCCAGCAUAUCGAACGACUUGUGACAACUGGUCGGCCAACGGCCCUAGCAUGUCGUCCAGCAGCAAAGUCAGAGUGGCAACUAUCGCAGACGCGGCGGGCCUUGACGUCGGAACGUCGUGCCACGCCGCUUGGAUCAGUUCUUGCAGGGGACGGGGGACGUGCGCCCCCAGAACGGGGCGAUGGCCUUGCAAAACAAGCCCAAAGAUCUGCAACUGGUUGGCCGUCACAUACUUGUCCUGGUCGGGAUGGAGGAUGUCCCACAUCGUGACAGCCAAGCUGUAAAUAUCCACUGCUUCCACCAUGUCGCCACCUCUGCCUCGGAUCACUUCGGGGGGCAUGUACUCGACCGUGCCGACGACGGUCAUGUGCCGAAGGGACGUGCGUUGGGGGACGUCCGUCGUGCGUUGUUUGGACACGCCAAAGUCGGUUACUUUGAUGCGGUGGUUGACAUCGACCAUGAGGUUGCCCGGUUUCAAGUCGCGGUGAAUAAACGGCGGGGAAAAGCUGUGUAGGUACUCCACCGCUCGAGCAGUGUCCAACAUCAUGCACAAACUCAAGGCCGAAUGCUGGGGAAUCUGGUAGUGCUGCUGGAUGGCGAGGACAUCGUGCAUGCUGCCCUGGCAAAGCUCCGAUACCAGACAAAUCGUGGGGGGGCACACACACAAUCCAUAGAACGACACUAUAUUCGGGUGAUUCAGCGCCCCGGAUAGCGCCGCCUCGUGCGAAAACGACGCGACGACCCCUUCGUUCACCUCGGGGGGCGUAAACACUUUGAUCGCUACGUCGAUCUUCGUGUGCAACUUACCGCGAAACACGUCGGCACUGGCCCCUCGACCGAUGCGGGACAUGACCUUCAAAUGGGCAAAGUCAAUGAUGAACUUGCGGUGCAUUUCGAUGAACACGUGCAGCCCUUGCGCGGACGUAAUUUCCGGAAUAAUGUUGGAACCGUCCCCGUUGUUCAUGUGGGCUUGCAGCGAACACGCCCGCUCCCCCAGUCCGCGCCAGUGACUUGUGUCGGCCGUGAGCAACCACCACACAAAAAGGGGAAGAGCGGUGUCGUAGUACCCGGCAACCACAACAAACGUGGUGGCAACUUGGAGCAGUUCUGGCGCCGCGUGGCUUUGCCGAUAAAGUUCAUUGUACGUGACUGCGAUGGCCUGAGCGCCAAUGAAAUACACGCAAAACACACGUAGCGACCACUUGCUCGCGCGAGAGCGAGGCUUUGUGAGCAUCCACAGGUAGAAAAUGCUAAGGCCAACGCGGAACGUUGUCUGAAGCAAGUAGGUUGACAUGGUAUCAAUGGCGGAAACCUUGGCCACCACUUCAAGGAUCACGGGAAACAACGACAGCACCAAGGCCAUCCCGGUGGCACGCCACAACGCUUGGACCGACACGCUGUUUUGGUAGAAGUAAAGGAUCACAAGGAGGAAGAUGAACUGGCGGCCAGCAUACACAGCUGCCAACGCGACGGCAUCAAACAACCACUCAAUGAAAUCGAAGGUGAAAGUCGUCCACAGAAACGCGCUGUACAUGCCCAAUGCCACGAGCAACAUCCACAACAUGGGCUCGAAGGUGGGCAAUAUGACGUGGCGAGCUGCCACAACGUCGCCAUCGUAGGCGCCGU